GAGAAAAAAAUUAUUAUUAUAAUUGUUAUCUGGUUGCCUUAAUGUUAUUAUUAAUUGAAUGUGUUGCCAGAUGUGAUUCAGAUCAAUCAGAUGCAAAAUAUUGGCAUAAUUUGGCUACGGAACGAAUAUUACGAUAUGAAUCAAAACGAACAAAAAUUAAUGGAAAUGAAGAAAUGGCGAAAAAUGUUAUCAUUUUUAUUGGUGAUGGAAUGGGAAUAUCAACCGUUACAGCAUCUCGUAUAUUGAAAAUUCAGUUACCAAUUUCAAAACAAAUUCACGAUCAAAAACGACAUCAAAAACAACAUGAUUUGAAUAAUAAAAACGUGAAUAAUUUACUGAAAAAAUUACAACAAUCUGAAGAUGGAUCAUUGUCGUUUGAAUCAUUUGAAAUGGUGUCCCUAGUAAAAACUUAUAUAUUAGAUAGUCAAGUCGGUGAUUCAGGAGCUUGUGCAACGGCAAUAAUGUCUGGUGUUAAAGCUAAUUUUGAAACGGUCGGUGUUAAUGGUAAAGUUAAAUUAAAUGAUUGUCUAGCUACGAUGGAUCCAACGGUCAGAGUUUCAAGUGUAAUCGAUUGGGCACAACAACAAGGUAAAUCAACCGGAUUUGUUACGACUACACGUGUAACACAUGCAACACCAGCUGCUUUAUAUGCACAUUCAGCUAGUCGUUAUUGGGAAUCGGAUGAUCGUAUGAUGUCUAAUCAUUCUGAUAAUAAUGUGAAAAAUUCAGAAUUCUGUAAAGAUAUUGCUCGACAAUUGAUCGAAGAUGAGCCGGGCAAAAAUCUUAAUGUAAUAAUGGGUGGUGGUAGAAGAAAUUUAUUGCCAAAAAAUAAUGGUGGACGUAGACAAGAUGAUCGUAAUCUUAUUAAUGUUUGGUUGAAUGAUAAAAAGCAACGAGGAUUAGAAGCAAAAUUUGUAUCGAAUAUUGAAAUGCUUCGCGAAUUUGAUUCCGAUAAAGUCGAUUAUCUUUUAGGAAUAUUUGCCGACAAUCAUAUGGCACAUGAAGCUGAUCGAAAUGAUACUAUUGAACCAUCGUUAGCUUUAAUGUCAUUGAAAGCGAUUGAAAUUUUAAAACAUAAUCCACAAGGCUUUUUGUUGGUUAUUGAAAGUGGACGUAUUGAUCAUGCACAUCAUUUAAAUAAUGCAUAUCGUGCCUUAACCGAUACACUUGCAUUAGAUGAUGCAGUUGAACAGGUGUAUCAAAAGGUUAAUAAAUCAAAUACAUUACUGUUGGUUACAGCUGAUCAUUCACAUGUAUUUGCAUUCGGUGGAUUUCCUGCACGUGGAAAUCCUAUUCUUGGUAUUGAUGAUCAAACAAGUGAUUCGGAUAAAUUACCCUAUACAACAUUAAUGUAUACAAAUGGGCCUGGAUAUCGAAAAUUUCGCGAAAAUCUAUCUGAAAUCAAUACGACAGAUCGUGAUUUCAUACAACAAUCUGCCAUUCCUAAACGAUGGGAAACACAUGGUGGUGAAGAUGUACCAUUAUAUGUAACUGGUCCAAGAUCCGAAAUAUUCGCCGGCAUUAUGGAUCAAACAUUUAUUCCUUAUGGCAUCAGUUACGCCACCUGUAUGGGGCCAAUGGAACCAUUGUUUUGUAAAAAAGAUUCAAAUUUUCCCAUUCAUAAUCAGAAAUCAAAUCAUCAUUAUAAUGAUAAACAUCAAUCACAAUCGAUUUCAAUCGUCGAUAACAAUAAUGAUAAACAACAAUCCGAUGGAGACAUUAAUGAUGAGUAUGAUGAUGAUGAUGUGCAUGAAAAUCAACGUAAUCAGCGUAAUCAACGUCAUCAAAAUCAACAUCGACAACAACAACAACAAACUGAAAGCCUUGGCCAUUAUCAUUAUCAUCAUGAGUUUGUAUUUUCCUCAACAUCUUCAUCAACGGAUAAACCUAUGGAUAAUUUUUCAAAUAAUCAAAGUCAUAUUGUUGUUUUGGACAAUGUCCAUAGUGUUGAUGAUGAUAUGAAAAUUGUCAAAACAAAAUUAAAAGCUAAACAACAACAACAACAACAAUAUCGACCGAAUUUAAUGACAUCAUCAUCAUCAUCAUCAUCAUCAGUUCUAUUCUAUUGCCUAAAACUUGAUGAUGAUGAUGAUGAUGAUCAUCAUCAUCAUCAGCUUGGUCUUCGUGGUAAUCAUCAUCAUGAUGAUGAUGAUGAAAAACAUCAUGGACUUGCAGCAUUUUAG